CCGACGGUCUUCGACCCCACGCCGGCAAAUGCGGGGUACAGCUCGUGGCGCGCGGGCCGGGUAAGCAGCAGCCACAACCCACAAGAGCGACGGCGAGAUAGAAAGCUGCUGGCAUGCUGGCAGCCCCAGACGAGAGAAAAGGCAGCUCGGCGUGCCCCGGGCUGCGUCCUUUCAAGCUCCUCCAGGGAUGCUGCACCCUGCUGCACGUCCCCCGCCGGCAACGCCGAGUGCGGCAGCAGUAUGCGGACGCCGCCUCCGCAGCGCCGCGCCGCGCGGCGCGAGCCUUGCCCAGCCCCCGGCUGCACGUCGAGCCGCGCCUUUUGCCCCGUGUGCAUCGCUCCAGCACCAUGCACCCUUCCGGGGAGCGGAGAGCGGGGCUGCAGAGCACCAGCACUGCCAGCAGCAGAUGUUGCAGCACAGCCUUCGAGCGAGAUGGCUGCUGUGGCGCUGGGUGCUGCUCCAGCCGCUCGGCAUCGCAGCCGAGGGCGAAGCGCGAAGAAAGCUGCACGGCACCGUUGCCGGUGCAUGCGCCGAUGCUCAGGGCCCUUCUACGCCACGGCGGCGGCCGUGAGCUGAGAUGCCGCUCUGGGUACGGCUCACUAUUCCAGCACCGGCCCCGCCUUCUCGUUCCGUCUGAGCGUAGCUCUCCGAAGGAUCUUAGCUGCUGUGCUUGCCGUCUGAGGUCGAUGCCUUCAGGCAGCACUGCACCGCUGUCGCAGCGCUUCCUGCGGCAUGCUCUGCUCUCUGUUUCGGGCAGGUCCUUUACCCCUAGAGUGGCCAGCAUAAUGAGGUACCGGCUCAUCAACGGCACAAGCCGGGCACGUCGAUGAUCGACAGGUCGGCCAGGGCCUGCACGCCGUGUGCGCCCAAGGUCCACCUCUCCGCCUGCUGCUGCAGCGAGCAGCACCGCAUCGACGGGCGCCGCGGC